CGCCGUAAGGGAGAAGGAUGGAGCAUCUCCCACUUCUCUCGCUGCUCCUGUUAGCAGUUUCCCAUUUUGAGCUGGGCAGAUCUCAGGAGGGUGUACAGAGCCGCAUUGUGGGCGGCCAUGACGCCAGUGAGGGAAUGUUCCCCUGGCAGGCCAGCCUGAGGUACGAUGGCAAUCAUGUGUGCGGCGCAGCCCUCAUCAGCGCAAACUUCAUUGUGACAGCUGCUCACUGCUUCCCCUCGGACCACUCACUCGUUGGUUACUCCGUGUACCUUGGGGUCCUCCAGCUGGGAGUCCCGAGCUCAGAUUCCCAACUUCUGAAACUGAAGCAAGUGACUAUUUACCCCUCCUACUCCCAUGACACUUCCUCCGGGGACCUGGCAGUCGCUGCCCUGGAUUCCCCCGCGACCUUCUCCCACGUGGUCCAACCCAUCUCUCUGCCAGCGGCCAAUGUGCAGUUCCCCAUUGGCAUGACGUGCCAAGUGACUGGAUGGGGCAAUAUCCAACAAGGAGUAAAUCUCCCGGGGGCCAAGAACCUGCAGGUUGGAAACGUGAAGCUCAUCGGCCGGCAGACGUGCAAUUGCCUGUAUAACAUCAAACCUUCGGCCGACUCUAUGGGUUCCAUCCAGCCGGACAUGAUCUGCGCCGGGUCGGCAGCGGGGAGCGUAGACGCCUGCCAGGGAGACUCCGGGGGGCCCCUCACCUGUACAGUUAAUGGCAAAGCCUACCUGGCCGCCGUGGUCAGCUGGGGCGAUGAAUGCGGCGCCCAAAACAAGCCUGGGGUCUACAUCCUAAUCUCCGCCUACGCCAGCUGGAUCCAGGGCAUCGACCCAAGUGCGGUUUUCCAGUCCUUUACCGUGGACAUUCCGUCGGAACCAGAGAACGACAGCGGCUGCAUCGGCGCCAACGGCCAGUUCUAUCCCAACCCCAACGGAGCCGCCAUCUUUCUCGUGACCGUCGCCGCGCUGCCUUUCUACUGGUUAACCGCUUAUAUCCUGAGCGACUUCUAAAGACUGGGAAAUGGAUCACAUUGGACCCAUGGGAAGGGCCUAUCAUUAUGCGGGGGCAGGGCACAGUACAGACUGAAGGGGGGGUUGGGCACAUUUGGAGGUUCUUGUGCCAUGGAGUCUGCCAUAUUGAGCUGUUCCUUCAAUGUUUCUCUAUGUUACAGAUCUGUAUGAACGACCACCAAUAAACGCAGCAGCGUCUGUUAAAUCCA